AUGUUGAGUGUACCUCAGACGACUGUCACACCAACUGACCAGCCUCCCAUGUCAAGUGUCUUCAAACCCUCUGUCACCCCUAAUGACCUGUCACCAAGGUCAACUGUACCCCAGCCAUCUGUCACCAGUGAUGACCUGUCACCAAGUCCAAGUGUAUUCAAGCCUGCUGUCACCAGUGAUGACCUGUCACCAAGGUCAACUGUACUCCGGCCUUCUGUCACCAGUGAUGGCCUGUCACCAAGUCCAAGUGUAUUCAAGCCUGCUGUCACCCCUGAUGUGAUGUCACCAAGGUCGGAUGUCCCCAAGUCGUCUGACAUCAGAAUGGAUCCGCCACCAAGGUCAAGUGUCUUCAAAUCCUCUGUCACCCCUGACGACCUGUCACCAAGGGCAACUGUACUCCAGCCAUCUGUCACCAGUGAUGACCUGUCACCAAGUCCCAGUGUAUUCAAGCCUGAUGUCACCCGUGAUGUGAUGUCACCAAGACGCCACCAGGGUCAAGUGUACUCAAGCCCCCUGCCACUCCCGAGGGCCUGGCAUGGGGAGAGAGACUCUGAGAUUCCUGGAAUCCACCUCACGGUCUUACAAAUAUGA